GCCUUCACGCUCCCAGAAAGCCGGGUUUGUGUGCGUCUUGUUCGGUGUGGAUAAUCUCUCCGACAUCGCCGUCACCAACCUGCUCGGUCAUCAUUUAUUUCUUUAUUAUUAUUUGCACUCCAACCGAAGAGACGCUGAAGAUUUUUCUAUCCGAGUCGUGUUUUAUUUAAAAAGGGAAAGAAAAAGCCGCUCUGUUUUUCCCUCUCUUUUUUUUUACCUCAGACAGCGUGGAUUCCUGCUCCGGAUCUCCUCAGGAUUCUGAUUGAGGAAUAUAUUCAUUUAUUUAUUCGACUUGGGGAUUAAAUACGAUGCUUCUGUCCAAACUGAACACGUUGGCGCACAUCUCAGCCGUGGACAUGCCCGCGAAGAUCCAGCUCCAAGUGCAUCCAGUGAAGGAGAAGGAGCCGUUUGAGAAGGUCUACCAGGUGGGCUCGGUGCUCGGGAGCGGCGGCUUCGGCACGGUCUACACCGGCCUGCGGAUAUCCGACGGAACUCCGGUCGCUAUUAAACAUGUGGCGAAGGAACGUGUGACCGAAUGGGGAGAAUUGCCUAAUGGCGCGCGCGUGCCCAUGGAGAUCGUCCUCCUAAAGAAGGUGGGCACGGGUUUCCGUGGUGUGAUCAGGAUGCUGGAUUGGUACGAGCGUCCUGACGCCUUCAUCAUCGUGAUGGAGAGACCGGAGGCGGUGAAGGACCUGUUCGACUUCAUCACGGAGAGGGGCGCGCUGCCCGAGGACUUAGCGCGGGGGUUUUUCCGCCAGGUCCUCGAGGCGGUGCGUCACUGCCACUCCAGCGGCGUCGUGCACCGCGACAUCAAGGACGAGAACAUUCUCAUCGACCUGCGCACCGGCGAGCUGAAGCUGAUCGACUUCGGCUCGGGGGCGCUCCUCAAGGACACCGUGUACACCGACUUCGACGGUACGAGAGUGUACAGCCCUCCAGAGUGGAUCAGGUACCACCGGUACCACGGCAGAUCUGCGACCGUUUGGUCUCUGGGGAUUCUGCUGUACGACAUGGUGUGUGGUGACAUCCCAUUUGAGCAGGAUGAAGAAAUCGUGCGUGGCCAGGUGCUCUUCAGGCGCAGGAUCUCGACAGAAUGCCAGCAGCUCAUCAAGUGGUGUCUGUCCCUGCGUCCUGCCGAUCGUCCUUCUUUUGAGGACGUUUUCAACCACUCCUGGAUGCAGAACACAUCAGCACCCCCUACAGACGCAACCGAGAUCCGUCUGCACAGUCUGAGCCAUGAGGCGGUCACAGUAUGCAAGUGACUCACUACUCAGAGACUUGUCACUAUGUCAGUCAGAUGACUGGCGACGCCCACCUGCUCGCCCGCCCGCCCGACCAGCCCGUGAAACAAACGUGGAAAAUGAAAAAUGUUUGUUUAAUUUGGUAAAGGCAGCUGUCUAAAGGGUGAACCCGGGAAAUCCGGGGACGUCAGACGUCCCGCCCCGAGGAACGAAGGGGCGCCCCGGAGCGAAGUUGAGCAAACUUGAAGCGGUUCGUGCGACGCCGAAGAUGAAAAAGGCGUGAACGGACUGAGAAACUCCGACCCUGGAGGAACGCGAGCUCUCAUCUAGUGCCUUCUGUACGAGUGUUGGAAAGAAAUACUUGAAAUUCUUUAAUAGCCACUGUACCACUGCUUCUUAUCCAGAUGUCACACUUCUUCUUCUUCUUCUCCUGCUUCCGUCUCCUGCAUCGUGCAGCGAGCAACCAAAACGACCUCAAAUAACCUGUGCAGAACGACCGUCAUACACCUCCAUCUCUCCCUCAUCCUGACUCAGAAACUUCAACAUGACUACCACUCGAUACGGACGCACACAGCAAUGCAACUACGAGAUAUAACUACAUAUUGUCACCAUUGUGUUGUAAAUACGUCGCUGUCUUAUGACUCUAAAUUCCAACGCAAGGUCUAUUGUGUACGUCAUAUUUAUUUGUAUAUAUGUUUAUUUUUUUUUCUUUAAAGAAAUCUAAAGUGGAAUUAUUUAUUUAUUUAUAGCAACACAAGUCAUUCCACACUGAAGGGUCCACAGCCUAUUUAAAUCUAUUUUAGCAUAUUUAAGAGUUUUUGAAGCAGAGUUGUAGAUACUGUACAUAUCUGUAAAUAGAUCUUUACAAGCACUUCCAUUGUCUGGCGCAAGGAGUAUUGAAAAGUCUACUGAUUUUGUUUUUGUUUUUCUGUGCGUGAACGUCUCACGUGAGCGUUUCGGUUCCGAGUCUCUGCUCUGGUUGCAUGAAUGCAGCUCGGGUUUUUUUUUUUUUUUUUUUUUUUGAUUUAGCGAUUUGUAUAUUGUUUAGGAAGUUAUUUUUUUACCGCGAGUUUCAAUAAAUAUUUUUUUAAAACGCUUAAA